CGGGAGGCGCUGCCAAUGGAAACCGCACACACGAGGAGCGUCGAGCCAGAGCGCCGCGUCGCCUCCAUGUCAGGUCCACUCACCUGCAAGGUGCGCACCGAAGAUGAUGGCCAUGAACGGCAAGCAGCACUUCUCCAUGCACCCUGCGCUGCACCCGAGCUCCGAGGGCAUGCGGCGGGUGUGUCUACCUGCCCCGCAGCUCCAGGGCAAUAUAUUCAGCGGCUUUGAUGAGAGUCUGCUGGCCCGCGCUGAAGCUCUGGCAGCGGCUGACCUGGUGUCUCACAGUCACGGCAAGAGUCACCCUUUCAAGACGGACGUCACCUACCAUACCAUGAGCAGCGUGCCCUGCACCUCUUCUUCGUCCACAGUGCCCAUAUCCCACCCGUCAUCCAACCUGCCCUCGCACCACCACCACCACCACCACCUCAGCCACCAGACCCUGGAGGGGGAUCUGCUCGACCACAUUUCCUCGAGUUUAUCGGUCAGCGGCAUGGGUGCGCCGCCGGAGAUGAGCACUCAAGCCCACCAGCACCACCUGCAAAUGGGUCACUUACACCAAGCCAUGGCCAUGGGCCACCCGCACGCCCUGUCGGUCCACAACGGGAUGGCGUGCGUCAACGACGUGGAGUCCGAUCCCAGAGAGCUGGAGGCGUUCGCGGAGAGGUUCAAGCAGCGGAGGAUAAAGCUCGGAGUGACCCAGGCUGAUGUGGGCUCUGCCCUCGCCAACCUCAAGAUACCGGGGGUCGGCUCGCUGAGCCAGAGCACCAUCUGCAGGUUCGAGUCCCUAACGCUUUCCCACAACAACAUGAUCGCCCUCAAACCCGUUCUCCAAGCCUGGCUGGAGGAGGCUGAAGCGGCUUACCGGGAGAAAAACGGGAAACCGGACCUUUUUAACGGGAACGAGAGGAAACGAAAGCGAACGUCCAUCGCGGCUCCGGAGAAGCGAUCGCUCGAGGCGUAUUUCGCCAUCCAACCGCGACCGUCGUCGGAGAAAAUCGCGGCAAUCGCGGAGAAGUUGGAUCUAAAGAAGAACGUGGUUCGGGUUUGGUUCUGCAAUCAACGGCAAAAACAGAAACGGAUGAAAUAUUCAGCAGUGCACUAAUGCUGUUAGAGCAAAGGAGACAUUUUAGGAACACCACAGGGAUCUAAAUUUCUUCUUUUAAGCAUUAUACGCCUAUAAAGACAUUUCAUAUUGCCUCCAAUUGAUGUAACCAGUGUGCGAAUUAAUCCAUGGGGUCUGUACCUA